AUGAUGAUGCGAGUGAAUGCGGACGUCUUUCAAACUCAAAUUCAAUGGUUGUCAAGUAGGUAUUCAUUUAUCUAAAAAAGACCCUCUAGAGACGUGAACUAAAUUUUACUUUAUUGAUUCACAAAAUUGAUUUGAAAAUGUGGAUAUAUAUCCCCCUUCCCCGAUAAGUAUUUAAGCAUUAAAAAAGAAAUUAUUACUAUGAUUUUAAGGAUAUGACGAUGCAUAAAACUGCUUGUUAAACACGUAAUGAUAAGAAUGAGUAAUUCCAAUCCAACUAAUUCAUGUCAUAAAUAAGUAUAGAAAUGAAGGGAUUUAUUCUGGUUUAUUCUUCGUUUUCUUUUCUUUGUCCUUUGUAUAGUUCAUACGCUGGUAGAUAUGAUAGAUUAUAGUUAUACACUUGAGGGAGCUUAUAAUAAAACAUCAAGAGAACCGGUCAAGGGUCAGAUCCCAACUCAUGAAGAAGUUAGUUCAAGACCAUUACAUAGUUGGUCAGCUACAGAUUCGAUAACAGGUGGUUUUCAAAGUUCAAGUGAAAGUUUCACAAGCAUAAAUGAAUCAUUUAUAAGUCUAGGAGGCAAAAAUAAUAAAUCACAUCCUGGCUCACCAUUAUCGGUAAAUAGAUCCACCUAUGGUGAACCUUUCAUAGACUUGGAUAAGGUGACAGAGUAUUCUGUGAUAUUUCAGAGAAGAUUAAGUGAGAAUUCAAGUAUAAUGCACAAACUGACUACAAAAUUAGUGGAAUCUGAUUCACUUGUCAGUCUUCCCCACAAUCAUAUAAAUCAUUCAUUCAUAAAACCAAGUGAAGUUAUGACCAGUAACGACAAUAGUUCAGAUGUUACUUAUGGAAUUAAGGAAAUAACAAACUCCAUCGAUCCUUAUACAACGUUAAAAGUGGGGGUAAUCGCCCCUAAUAAUAGUCUAAUUACAUCAGUAUCAAAUGCAACGGUAUCCAAAGCAGAGCUGGACUUGUCUGAGAAUACGUUACAAGAUAAGAAUAAAAAAAAAGUCAAUCAAACAAACUCUACAUUCACUUAAAAGGAGGUUCCAAUGUUCAAACAAAGGUAAUUAAUAAAA